CUCCUUUAACCUUUGUUCUGUGUCUUUGUUUGGAUUCACCCUUCCUCCGGUAGCUCUCACUGUGCUGGCCACAGACUUCCUUUAGGUCAUCCCAGCUGCAGCUGCAACACAACUUGCAGCCAAGUCGCAGACACUGUUGUGCCAUUGAGACUGCCUCGGAGGAGAGAAAUGCCAGUCAGAGAUUGAUGGCCAGCUCAGUCCAGCAAUCUGAGUGUCCAAGAAUGCCAGGGAAGCUUCUCCAGGAGAUCAGAGGAGGCAGAAGAUGGAGUUACAAAUCUGCAAGUGGAGGUGGAAGGAGAAUGAGAAAUGAGGAAGACACUUUGCUGCCCUAGAGCUGGCAUACAGCAGUGGCACGCUUUCCCUUAAAGGAGAUAAAGCGCAUCCACUAAAGUUCACAUUGAUGUGUGUGUCCUGAUGGUUUUUGUAUCCUCCCAGACAGUCCAUCCCCAUAACAUUGUGGCUUUCUUGUCCCUGCCAGCAUCUUGGCAGCCCGAUCACACACCACUGGGUGCAGGGCACUGCUGCCAUGAAGGACUUAUUUAACUGCAUGGUGCUAAAGACACACCCGUGUCAGGAGUGUGGCAAAUCUUUCAGCAAGAAGGGAAACCUGAAGAGACACCAGCGGAUCCACACCACAGAGGAGCUCUUUACUUGUGGUGAGUGUGGGAGGCGCUUCACCACCCGUGGCCACCUCACAACCCAUCAGAGCAUCCACACUGGAGAGAGGCCCUUCUGCUGUGGGGAGUGUGGGCGCCGCUUCCGCUUGGAGGUAUGUCUGGCUGCCCACCAGAAGACACACACCAAGGGUGGUCCCUACCUCUGUGCCUGCUGUGGCAAGAGCCUGAGCACAAAAAUCUACUUCAACAUUCACAUGCGGACCCACACGGAGAAGAGGCCAUUCGCCUGCGCAGAGUGUGGAAAGAGCUUUGUGAAGAAAGGGACCCUCACUGCCCACAAGGAGAUUCACAAGAGGGAGAAGCCCUUCAAAUGCCCCGACUGCAGUAGGUGCUUCGGGCAAAGUGCCACACUGCUGGCCCACCAGAAGAUACACCUCCGUGGGGGACCUUUCAUUUGUACUGAGUGUGGGAAGAGCUUGAGCACCAAGCGGUAUUUCAACGUCCACCAGAGGAACCAUGCUAAGCAAAAGCCGCUUGAGGGACACAUAAAUUGUGUGUCUCUCCAAGUCAUCCAGAUAAAAGAGGAGCCUUAUUUUGCCUUCAGGUCAGGGGAGAAUGUGUUGGAGACUACGACCCAUGAAGGAAAUGUAGCCCAGGGAUGCAGCAUACCUAGAAACCUAUCUAAUUCAAAAAGCCCUGCCUGGAAGAUCCAGAUGAAGGAGGAACCAGAACCACCCUCUGAUGACACAGCAAACAUUGCUGCAAUAGCCUGCCAAAAACUUUACAUCAAGGAAGAGCCACCAGAAAAUCUGGACUGUGGAAAGUUCUUUGAUCCAAAGAUCCCAUUGAUGGCUUUACAAGAGAGACAACUUAAAAAGGAAGAAGAUGCUGAUGGGCAGCAUGAACAAGAAGUCCCUAUAGCCAGUAACCGAGUGCUUCAUGUGAAGGAAGAACCACAGGAAAGCAUUGAGUUUGAGAUGCAUUACAGGCAGAAGCCAAACCACAGUGCUCUCCAGAGGAUACAAAUUAAAAAGGAACCUGGCAUGGAGGCCAAGCAUCAGGAGAACCAGAGCCCAAAGAGGAAGCAGAAGAAGUGCUACCAGCCCAACAAAGAAGUUAAGCCAGAAAACCAGGAGAAAUCUAUGUCCAAGAAAGAUCCCUCAGCAAAAGGACCUUCCACAGGUGAACGAAUAUUCCCCUGUCCUGAAUGUGGGAAGAGUUUCAAUCAGAAAUCAAACCUUACCAGACACAGGAAGAUUCACACAAGUGAGGGGCCAUACAAGUGCAGCGAGUGCGGUGAGAGCUUCCGCAUGAACCGCAAGCUGAUCCGCCAUCAGCGAGUCCACAUGAGUGAGCCCUUCAAAUGCACUGAGUGUGGGAAGAGUUUCACCCAGCGGUCAAAUCUAGUUCGGCAUCAGAAGAUUCACACCAAGGAGGAGCCCUACCAGUGCCCUGAGUGUGAGAAGACCUUCAACCAGAAGGCAAACCUUUUCCGUCACCAAACAAUUCACAUCCGCAUGGGGCCUUGCAAGUGCACCAAGUGUGGGAAAUGCUUCCCUCAGAAACGCCACUUGAUUAAACAUCAGCUGCUCCACUCCCGAGGUGGAGCCUACAAGUGUGGGGUCUGUGGGAAGCGCUACCGGCUGAAGAAGUACCUGAAGAGGCACCAGAAAAUCCACACAAGGGAAGAAACUGCUCCCUACGCAAAACAGGGAGAGGCCACAAGGACUGACAGCGGUCCCCACCAUAUUGACUGGAGAGCACUGGCUCCCAUGAAGAACGAAGAGGAGAGCUGAGUGGGUUUGGUGUGUGCUCAUGGGGGAAAGUGCUUUAGGAAAGUGGAAGGAUGGAGACAAAUUCUGCGUGGCCUAUGUGUGCAGCAUCCGGGGGUGGGAGGUCAACUCUAGGGCACAGUGAGAUAGAGGGGGUAGGUCACUGCUGGAAACCAGUCCUCUGCAGCUUUUCUGAGGAUAACUCUUGGAUCACCACCUGUUCACAGCUGUGGGGUGGAGCUGGAGAGUUAAGCCUGCUCAGACCACUUGGAGAUGGAGAGAUAAGAGUUUGACAUCCCUUGUAAUGGUGUGUUUGUGCCUCUAAAGGCUGCCAAAGUUGUGGAUGCCAAAAUUGUCUUGUGUGGGCAACAUAUAAUGAGGAGGACUAGGCAGGAUUUAUUUUUAUUACAUUACUGUGUUCCUGAGAAAGCUGAAGGGAACAUCUUCCAUAUAGGCAAGGGUUUGAAGCAGAGGCCAAAUCUCUUCUUCCCCUCAUGUAGCUCUGAUCCACAUCUGGACUUGAAUGGGUUGAUGGACCCUAGUCAACUGUGUGGUACAGAUUUGAGAGAAACUGCUGUCAACCAGAGCAGGGUUUUAAGCCUUCACAUGUCUAAACUGGGCUCCCAGAUUGGCUUAAACCAGGUUCCUUAAAGUAAAUUAUGCAAAAUCCAUGACUGUUUGUCCAAAGCUAUCUCGGAGGCCAGGAGAGUGUAUUCUGCUGCCCACAACCCCACUGCAUAGAUGUAAAUGAGAAUAGCUUUUCUUAGCAUCAAGUUUUAUAUCUCUGAUGAGCCGGUGGCUUUGCCACCACAAGUCCUAGAGGUAUUGGCAUCUUCACUAGCUUGAGCCAACACUGGUCCUGCUUCUCAGUCACUUGUUUCCCUACCUCUUACUGUGAAGCUCUUGGAAGGAUGCCGGCUUUAAUUGGCAUGAUUUAAGGAAUUCAAACCAAGCAGCAGGAAUAGCUGAAAAAGUCUUCAGACUUUCGGGACUACAGAACUGGAAAUUAUUUCCCUGUUGGGAUGUUUUCUUUUCACUUCCCUCGUGUAAAGGGGGCUGUGCAGCUACUCGAAAGCAUGGACAGUUUAGAAGUCUUCAUAUCUCACUGCUGAUUAUUUUGUUUGAAUAUUCCCUGGUCACAUGGAUCUUUCUGUCUUGAAAGUCAGUAGUGAAGCAGAGAUGUGGAGGGAAUCCACAAUCCCCUGAGUCAGUCCCCAAGAUUUCUCUGCAGCACUGCUGCAUGGUCACCUGGGCACUGCAGAGCAGAGAUGCAUAUUAGGGUUUGUUGUGAUGCUGUAAUAUGUACAGUCCAAGAGACAAGUGAAAAAAUGUGCCAUGGUGAAAUAGUAACUCUACCUCUCUAGUUCUGUGAAGGAAAAGAAGCCCUCUCCCCACCCCAUGGAGCACACCACGUCCUUCUCCCAGGACAUGUCGUAGAUAGCAUAAUCUUGGAUGCAUCUGAAAGUCAUGCAGCGUGACUUUGGGCAACUGCCUGCUGCGAUGCUUCAAAUCCAAGUUGCUGAUUGUCUGCACUGCCUGCUUUGGAGAAGCUGUGUCUCCAGGCAGGGAAACUGAGGCAUAGAGGGAAAGAAAGGAACAGGACAAAUUGCACUUGAGCUUGGCCUUUACUUGGACACCAUUGGGUAGAGGGGUUUUUAUGUGGUGGCUUAAGUCCAGCACUGAGUACAGCUAUCAAAUCCCCAAAGCAUGGAUUAAUUUUGGUGUUUAGACUCCCUCAGCCUUUGAUAUAGUUGGGCCCAGAAUGCCAUUUCAAAUAGCAAAGGCAACUCUGGCAGCCUCUGAAGGAUCCUAUGUUUAUCUUCUCACCUAUCAACCGCAGCCAAACUGGCUGAUAUGAAGCUUCCCCUCAAAUCUCUCUGACCUGGUGGAGAUUCGUUUCUGAGACUGAAAAGGGAGAUAUAUAUAGGGGAAAACAACAAGUUCAGGAUGUUCUAAUAGAGAAUAAGGAACUUUUCUGUUAGGAAAAUGGGUCUAGGCUAUAUGGUGGGAAAACACUUCACUGCAGGACUAGGAAACUGUUCCUUGGGAGGAAUGCAGCUGAGCCAAACUAGUGAGGCAAAACAGCCUCUGUAAGGCUUGCUGAGGGGCAGAGGUACGGCAGAGCCCUUCAGUGGAAAGAAAGUAUUCACCAGGUAGCUGGCAUUUAUUUCCUUUUCAUUAAUCUAGUGUAGGGCUGCAGAGAUUUUUCCCAGGAAGAGGAAAUGAUUUGAGAGGUUUUCCGCUUGUGUUAUUGUGCCCAUCCAUCUAGACAGGGCAGUGAGUAGAUGUCAGUGGCUUUGCUGGACAUCACUGGAUCUUCCACCGCUAACCAUGGCCAAUAUGGGUGACCUAGCUUCUGGGGAAAAUUAGGACUAAUAGUUUGGGUUAUCUCCUCAAUAAA